AACAUGCAGGUAUUGUCAAGCCUGCGCUCGACCUUCACAGCUGCCUCUCAGCUGGAACAGCAGCGCCACCCGCAGGCAGAAUAAAUACCUACAACGAUGAGGACUGAACGAGCACAGAAGCUCAUCAGUGUCGCCUGUGAGAAGAGAGAGGACUGCAGAGGGAAGCGGUGUGGAGGUGAAGAGAACCACCGGAAGUGUCCUGAGUCACAGCCUCUGGUGAACCUGCGCUGUGAAUAGAGGAAGUCGGCAAGCUGGAACCUGCAGGACAUGAGAGUGGCACAUCAUGCCACGGACAAAACACUUCUUGACUGUUUACUCCCAGUCUUCAACCAGCCGAGGAGGAGGAAGCUGCUGCGAGCCGAGCAGACCGGCAGCAUCGCUCCAGCUGUUACAACCAGCUCCUCUCUGUUUCCUGGUGAUCUCUUCACAGCUCCUGGCAGAGGUGGAGUGGAGUCCGGUCGGUCCGGGAUGGGGAACGCCUCCCUGGACUCGGCGCCGUCGCUGUGCCCCACGCCCGCCACGCUGGUCUUCCUGCCCUCCAUGUACACCCUCCUCUUCCUCACGGCGCUCCCGGGCAACGCGCUGUCGCUGUGGGUUUUCACCCGGCGCAUCCCCACCGUCUCCCCCACCCACGUCUACCUGUCCCACCUGAGCGUCUCCAACCUGCUGCUGUCCGUCACCGCGCCCUUCCUGGCCGCCUACUACGCCCGGGGCUGGGCGUGGACGCUGCGCGGCGCCGCCUGCCAGCUGGUGCUGCACGCCGUCACGCCGCUGCAGCACAUCAACGUCUACAUCAGCCUCAUGAUCCUCACCUGCGUGGCGCUCGCCCGCUUCGCCGCCAUCAUCCAGAACACCCACGCGUCCCGACCCAGCGCCUGCACCACGCUGCUGCCGCGCGCCGUCUUCUCCCGCCUCUCCAGGGUCUCCUUCGCCAAGGCGGUGUGCGCCGCGGUGUGGGCGCUGUCCGUCGGCGGCACCGUGCCCGUGACGGUGUACUACUCGGUGUACGAGGCUCUGAGGGGGGCCGGCGGGAGGGGGGGCUGUCGGGAGAUGUGCUACAGCCCGCAGGUGGAGAUCGGAGGGAGCCUGUCCGCCGCGCUCACCGUGCCCGUCAUCGGCGCCUUCUUCGCCCUGUACCUGCUGGUGCUGCUCUGCUACAUGACGGUGCUGCGGCACAUCAAGCGCUCGCGCCGCAGCGCGCACGCCACCUCGUCCCAGAGCCUGCUGAGCAGGGUGCUGCGCAACAUCGUGGUCAUACAGGUGGUUCUGUCGGUCUGCCUGCUGCCGUAUCACAUCUUCAAACCCAUAUUCAUCUACCUGGCUCACAGCCAGGAGCUUCCUCCGGCGCUCUCCGACGACUCCGGCACCUGCAGCCUCUGCCAUCCGCUCUCCGUCUCCGUCGAGGUGAAGAACUGCCUGUUUCUUCUGGCGGCUCUGAGAGGCUCCACCGAUCCCGUGAUGUACUUCAUGCUGGACAAGACCUUCCGGCAUCAAACCGUCCCACUUCUGAGGUGCCGCCGGAGCGUUUCCGACAGGAGGCAAACGCUCUGGUCCAUCACGGGCCGUGCCAAUCAAAAUGCCGAAGAAAACGCACAAACGACGGCUGUGGACUCAACCUUCUGAGGCAGUCGGUGCCUGAACUCCCACUGAGCGGGUUCCAGACUUUAAAACGCCCACAAACCAGAGGUUUGUUUCAGCAACCAGAGAGGCGCUCUGCAGGGUUACUGAGGCAGUCUGGGGGCUUUCGCGGGUAAAAACAGCUUCAGAGCCACGAAACUGAAGAAAUCCCACCCUGGAAACUGGCUUGAACUGUUUCAGUGGCGGACUGGUCUCCGGAGGACCGGCUGUUCGCUCCAUUUCUGCCCGGCGUUCACAGCAGCAGCAGGCAGGAGGACUGCAUUCAAGGAAAACCAGACUGUUAUUUCCUCAUCGUCACAUAAUCGGUAGAAUUUAAUGGUUAUCAAUAUCAUCUUCGUAUUGACCCGCCCUACUCUGCCUCUGAUUGGCUCGUCAGUCCUCAUGCUGCGUGGGCCAUGGCUUCAUCAUCCCAGGAAAAAAAAGCACUAUGGCUGGUAGAUACUUCUGAGUGGUGCAUCAUGGGGGAUUUGGGACUGAAUCCAUGUAAUGUUGAUGGAAAGAUAAGUUUCUCUGCACCAUAAACUCCGGACUAUUUACUGAUAUUCACUCCUUAUUUCUAACUGACAUUGAUUUGUGGAAACCUGCAUUUGCGUUGGUAUUACAGAGCUUCCACUGUACUUCUAAUUAUACAGAAAAUAUGAGGAAAGGAGCUUGUGAAUACUUUCCCUUUCCACCCGUUGUGCUCUGUGAUGGUUCAUUUUCAUCGAACACAUCUGUUUGGAUGUUGUGUUAUCGAUGGCUGCAUCGAGACAGAGCAGCAGCAGCGGGUGAAACUCAGUAAUCCAGCGGAGGGUUUUCACUGCCGUCAUGUUUCACUCUGCUCUCCUCUCACUGUCUCCGCUCAGACCAGCUUCACACCGACACAGAGUGUGUGCGAAUUUCCAGGAUCCGCGGUGAUGUUUGUGGAGCUGCAGCCCUCCAUCAAUGUUUGAUGUGUGUGUGUGUGUGUGUGUGUGUGUGUGUGUGUGUGUGUGUGUGUCUGUGUGUGUGUGUGUGUGUGUGUCUGUGUGCGUGCAUACGGUAACUGUGUUUAAAUAAUUGAUGGGAGGAUGCAGAGUGGUGUGUGGGACGGGGCUGUUCGGGCCCCUGCAGGUGUGUGUUGCGGCUCGGGGGUCUGAGCUGAGAACAAACGACUCGACGACGUUUCAGGUAAAAACACGCGGCUUUGCGUCGGGAAAGUGUCGAGUUGAUGCAGCGACGUUUUGAUGUGACGUCUUUUCCCACGGCAACUGUAGAAAAUCUGAAAGUGAAGCAGUCACCGCGCCGGGCCACGAGUCGUUUGUUUCAGAGAAACUUUGUAUUUCCACCGCGGCGGCGUGAAACCAGCAGUCAGGAUUUCCUCCAAAUGUCUGGAAAUUAUUGAGUGAAUUUUAGGAAAAUACACAAAAAGAAAAUGUGACUUGAUUCUCAUUUCCAUUCGUUUUCCAAAACACUGGCCCAUUAAUGUUCACUUCUUAUAUGAACUCCAGAAAAGUUUCAGUUCCUUUCUCUCCGAAACACAUCUCCCUUUAUCGCCCGCCACCAUUUUUUGUGUGAAUCAGAAACUCUGAAUGAAAACGAUGUGGUUUUGCUACACCCACAGUCCUCUCUCCACGGUGCAGGAAUUUCAAGUCUGUUCAUGCUAAAAGAUGUUAUUGAUGCUUUGAUGAGGUGUUUUAAGUGUAUUUUUCAUGGAUUAUUGUUAGAGCUGGUCCUGAGCCUUCAUUCCACCUCAUUCACACCGACGCAUCUUUCCAAGGAAUAAAUAGUACUUUAACAGCGACUUUGUGCCUUUUUGUUAUGAAUCAAUGUUUUCAAGGGGAUAAAACAGCACUGUGAGUCACGAUAAGAGCAACAUAACGUGUUUACAAAAUCCAUGAAAACAUUCAUUAAAAAAUAAAAAAGCAUUAUUGAUCAGUUGGUUGUCUGCAGCCGGCGCUUUCUGCCAGCGUCUCCCGUCAGCAGCCGACUGUUACUCAGUGCUUUCUUGCUGCUGAGUCACUGAGCAGCUGCAGGAAGGAAGUAGAGACUAAACCACCACCUCAGACUGAGGAGGGCUGCUGAUCAGCUGCAGGGUGAGGAGUUUGCACAGUGGUGCUGAGCGCGCUCACCUCUGCCUUGAAUAAAAAAGCCCGUUAUGUGUAUGAAUCAGGU